AUGACUUAUGUAGACCUAUGUUGUGAACACAAUGACACGACGUUACGGGUGACCAAACCAACCCAGACCAACCCAGACCAACCUGCACCAGCCUGCACCAGCCUGCACCAGCCUGCACCAGCCUGCACCAGCCUGCACCAGCCUGCACCAGCCUGCACCAACCUGCACCAGCCUGCACCAGCCUGCACCAGCCUGCACCAGCCUGCACCAGCCUGCACCAGCCUGCACCAGCCUGCACCAGCCUGCACCAGCCUGCACCAGCCUGCACCAGCCUGCACCAGCCUGCACCAGCCUGCACCAGCCUGCACCAGCCUGCACCAGCCUGCACCAGCCUGCACCAGCCUGCACCAGCCUGCACCAGCCUGCACCAGCCUGCACCAGCCUGCACCAGCCUGCACCAGCCUGCACCAGCCUGCACCAGCCUGCACCAGCCUGCACCAGCCUGCACCAGCCUGCACCAGCCUGCACCAGCCUGCACCAGCCUGCACCAGCCUGCACCAGCCUACACCAGCCUACACCAGCCUACACCAGCCUACACCAGUUACUAUAGAGGAUAGUGCUUAA